AACUUACGAGACGCUUGCUCCACAGGGAUAUUUGGAAGCUUUGGGAUGGACUACACUAUUGAUGAUGACUUUAAUUACACCGACUACAAAUUCGAAACUCCCCGUGAGGAGAAGGCUGGCCUGAGCCCAGUCAUCUGGGCAGCCCUGGUCCUCUAUGCCCUUGUGUUCCUUCUGGGCGUGCUGGGCAACGGGGCCGUCAUCUGGGUGAUGGCCUUCCAGAUGCGGCGCACGGUGAACACAGUCUGGUUCCUCAACCUCGCCAUGGCCGACCUUCUCUGCUGCCUGGCACUGCCUUUCCUGGGCGUGACUCUGGUCACGUACCCGCACUGGCCGCUGGGAAAUGCUGCUUGCAAGCUUCUGUCCUCCCUCAUCAUCCUCAACAUGUUUGCCAGCGUCAUGGUGCUGAUGCUCAUCAGCAUGGACCGCUGUGCCCUGGUGGUCAAGCCCGUGUGGUGCCAGAACCACCGCUCCCUGGGCCUGGCCUGGGCGCUGUGUGCCGUGGCCUGGGGCGCUGCCCUGCUGCUCAUGGUGCCCACCUUCCUCACUCGCCAGACCAAGUCCUGGUCUUCCAACCAGAUUACUUGCAGCGUCGAUUAUGCCAUCCUGGGUGGCGCCUACCACAACAUUGCAGCUGUCUCUGUGACUGUCAUGCGCUUCCUCUUCGGCUUCCUGAUCCCCUUUGUGGUCAUCAGCCUCUCCUAUGGGCUGCUGCUCUCCCGCGUGCACAGAAGCCGCUUCAUGCACUCCCAGAAGCCCCUGAAGGUCACGCUGGUCGUGGUGCUGGGCUUCUUCAUCUGCUGGAUCCCCUACCAUGUGAACGGCCUGAUCCUUGCCUGCGAGAGCCCACUGAGCUCGCUCUACAUGUCCGCACUCCAGGCCGAACCCCUCAUUGUGGGCUUGGCCUACAUCAACAGCUGCAUCAAUCCCAUCAUCUACGUCAUCGCAGGCCAGGACUUCCAGGCCAAGAUGCAGCGCUCGCUGAAGAUCUUGCUGAGCAGCAUCCUGAACGAGGAGUCCCCUCUCACGGGUUCCCUGGCGGAGGGCCAGUCCCAGGCCCCCUACACUACCACCGUGGACUGCAGCACCAGCACCAACACUGUCACCACCUUGUGAGAAGAGCACAGUUCCCGAGAGGGCCCACGCACACCUCCGGGCACGGGCAGCUUCGGCACAUUUACAGUUGCGCGCAUCUUCUCUUGAGACAGCAGCUCCUGAUGCUUUUGCUGUGCAGCCACGCUGAGAUCCCUCUGUGGACCUAUAAGCUCACUUAGGGCACAGAAUGGACAGAUCUUGUCCCCCAGGGGACCCCUGAUGUAUCACCAAAAAACAAACAACCCCCCCCCCCCAGCAAAUAGAGGUCACACGUUUUUAUAAUGUUUGCACAUGCUUAUGCCUUUAUGGCUUUUCUAUACUGCUUGGGUGCAAUGUAACUCUUUCCAGUGUACUUUUUCUAAUGUAAAGAGGUCAGACUAGAUGGCCAGAGAGACCCCUUCUGACUCGCUCUGUUUCUAUGUAACGCCGCCCAGCAUCUAAGCUUGGGGGCUUCCAAAUGAGAAGUCCCAUGCGCACCCAGUGCAGGAAGCCAGGCCAAGCCGCAGAAGUUCCUCACACCCUGCAUUUCAUCUGGGGGGCUGUUUCCAGAAGUUGCACUGAAGUGGGGCAGGGCCCAAGGGGGCAGAGCAGGGUGGGAACUCAGCCCUGGAUUCCCAGCAAAGAAGAUGCUGGACUUUGGAGCCUUCCCUCCCACCCGCCCCCCCAUGAUGCUGGAAAGCCAGAGGAUUGCACCCUUUGUGGAUUAAAAUCGAA